UCCGAGCAUUUUCCUUUCUUUCAGAGAAUUGCUCCGAAAAUGUCAGAAUACAAGCAGGGAGACGAAGAGGCCCUUUCUUCUUCCUGUCGCUAUAAGCCUAUACUUAUUGACUACUUGUUAAAGUUUUUGGUUAAAAACACGCGACUCUGCGAAGACUUCUGUUUGUUCUGAAUCCCAGAAGAGAAUCCACCAUGUCCUUCAUUCUAUGAGCUUUACUAGUUUACCUUCAAUGGUACUUCUUUUCACAAACUUUGCUUUCUCUGCUACUCCUUCCUCGUGCUACUUUUCCUGUCUGGGUUCGCUGUUAUUGAAGUGUUCUUGGCCUCCUCCUCCUCCUCCUCUUGGCUCAUACGAUUAAGGACACGGCAUUAUUAGAUGGAGAACAAUGGUGCUGAAAUUGUGGAGCUUACAUAUUAUUGUACCAUUAAGGUUCAUCGUUUGAUGUGUUUAGAGCUCAAGAAAUUUAUUGACAGAAUCACAGAAAUAUUUUCAGCCAUCGAGUCUGCCCGACCAAGAUGCAAACCAGGCAUACAGGCAUUAUGCUCAUUACAAGACACAAUGGAUAAAGCAAAAAUACUUAUCCAGCUCUGCUCAGAGUCUAGUAAACUCUACCUGGCAAUUACAGCAGAGCGUAUUGUUUUGAGAUGUGAAAAAAUACAAAAGACUUUGGAGUUAUGUUUGAGUCAAAUUCAAAGUACGGUACCAACAUUGUUAGCUGCAAAGAUAUCUGGCAUUGUUCUUGAUCUUAGGAGCGCAAAGUUUCCCCUUGAAUCUGCUGAAGAAGAGGCUGGGAAGGUUGUACUGGCACUACUUCGGCAAGAUAUUUCUGUGUCAAGUUCUGUGUUAGAACUUGAGGCUAUUCAACUUGCAGCUUUGAAGCUGAAAAUUACAUCCCCUUCGGCUGUUUUGAUGGAGAAAAGAUCUAUUAGAAGGUUACUUGACAAUGUCUCUGGCAAGGACCCUAGAAAGGAGAAAAUCUUGAAGUUCCUCUUUUAUCUUUUGAAGAAGUAUGGGGAAAUAAUUGGACAAGGCUGGAAUGUUAGCACUCUUGUGCAGCAUGAUAAGUCAUCCUAUCAAUCGAUUGAGCCUGAACAACAUGCUGAAAAUGCAUUAGAUGAGACUCGAGCUGAUGACUCUGGUACACCUGAACAUCCUGAGGAAUUCAAAUGCCCCAUCUCUAUGAGACUGAUGUACGAUCCAGUAAUUAUCGCUUCUGGGAAGACAUUUGAACGAUUUUGGAUAGAGAAGUGGUUUAAUGAAGGUAACAAGACAUGCCCAAUAACUCAUAUGAAGCUGGACAAUUUGUACCUGACUCCGAACUCUGCAAUGAAGGGCCUCAUAUCAAAAUGGUCUUCCGAGCUGGGACUUACUAUUCCUGACCCUUGUUUAGAAGCACACUUUGCUUCUCUUUCCUCUCUGAAAUCUCAGUCUUCCAAUUCCAUUGCCAGCUUUGGUAGUUCUAUGAAUCACUUGUGCCUUCAAUCUAGCAGUGUGUCACUGCGCUCUUCAGUAACCAAUUAUGGUUCAGAAAUGUCUGAUGACAAGAGUGAUGAAAGCUUCAGUUAUAGGCUCAGUCAGAUGAAUGCAGAGCCACAAGGAUUUCACCAUUCUGCAGAUUGUUAUGACAACAUGUUAGCCUCUCUUUCCAGACUUUCUGCACUUUCUUGGGGAUCCCAGUGCAAGACAGUGGGGGAUGUGAAAGACCAACUUCAAGACAAUAAUCAAGCAAGUCGCAAUGCAAUUUCCAAUAGUUGUGUCAAACCAUUGAUUAAAUUUUUGAAGGAUGCACAGGAAUCAAGUGAUGUAAAAGCUCAGAGAGAUGGAGCAGAGGUGCUGUUGGCAAUUCUGAAUGAAAACAGAAGUGAAUUACCAUCCUUUGAUGAAGAUGGGAUUUAUGUGUUGGCAUCAUAUCUGGAUUCUGAUAUUACUGGAGAAGCCCUUGCUAUCAUGGAAGUUUUGUCUGACCAACCCAAUUACAAGUCUAUGAUGGUGGCAUCCGGUGUUCUUCCCUCCAUUCUAAAAGUCCUUGAUACCCAGCUCAGGUCACUUCAUAGAACUGCCAUGAAGAUACUUUAUAAUUUGUCUUGCAAUGGUGAUAUUGGAUACCAUAUUGUAUAUUUGGACUGCAUUCCAAAGCUGGUUCCAUUUUUGGGUGAUCACAAACUCGCACAGUUUUGCAUUAAGAUCAUCAAAAACUUAUGCGCUACUGAGGAGGUCAGGAUUGCAGUUGCUGAAACCAGUUCCUGUAUCAGUGCCAUUGCCACACUGCUUGAAAAUGGAAGAGAGGAGGAACAAGUGCUUGCGCUAGAUGUUCUUCUUUCUCUAUGUCAAGAGGGUGCUGAGUGUUGCCAACUGGUCAUGAGAGAGACCAUUAUACAAUCUCUAGUCUAUUUAUCUCUCAACGGGAAUUCCAGAGUGAAAGGGACUACUUCUGAAUUGCUCCAGAUCUUGGAACGUAUCAAAGAUGAUGGUUCAGAAUGUUCAACUCCCAAAGCUGGUUUGGGCCUAGACAUCUCAAGCGAGGCUGUCAACUACCGUAAAGAAAAAAAAUCAGCUUUUAAGCCAUUUCGGUUCCUUGGAAAGAAGAUAUCGUCACAUUCUAUACCCAGCUAUUAGCAUUAUUUUCACCCUUGAUAACUUAAACAGUUCUUCUCAUUCAAAAACACAGGACUUUCUUGGUUGUCUUGUCUGUCAUAUAUGCUCAUUGGAGCUGGUGGGUGAGUUUCAGCAUCUAUAAACCUCUCAUUUAUUUGCUGAUAAAUGGUUGAGGUUAAGAUUUGCUUUGGGCUUGGUUGUACUUAAUAUUAAGAGAGAGCGCAGGCUGUGCUCGAGCGAAGAUACGAGUGCAGUACCAGAGAGGAUACAAGGCGAAUGCGCUCGAGCGCAGUAUCAAAGAAUUUUUUAUAUACUAGUGCGCUCGAGCGCACUAUUAGAGAGUAGUUUUUUUAUACACGUGAACAGAUGUAUUUUUUCAGUUUUGUGUAUCUUUGUUGUAAGUCUGUUAAUGUAGUUAUUGAUUUGUUACAAUUAUUUGGAGUUAGUUAUUAGUUGUUAGAAGCUUGUUAAGCUUAUAAUCAAAUGUAUAAAUACUACUUCAUGUAACUUGCAACAAUUAAGUUGAAUAUACAGAGUAUUCAAUCAC